ACAGGAUCAUUUCAUUAACGGCUUGAUUGUCACACGUGUCAUGCCCUCGAUCUACAUCUUCAUCAUCCUCGUUAGUCUGCCCCUGAACGGUUUGGCCAUGGUGACGUUCACCUGUAGGAUUCGAGAGAAGAAACCAGCUGUGAUCUACAUGUCUCAUCUGGCGUGUGUGGACCUGCUCUUUAUCCUGCUGCUGCCUCUGAAGAUCCACUACGAGCUGAAUGCUUCAAACUGGGUGUUCGGUGAGGCGGCCUGUCGUUUGCUCAGUGCAGCUCACUACGGCAACAUGUACUGCUGAUGAUGUGCAUGAGUGUGGACAGGCUGCUGGUCAUGGU